CCUACUACGAGAAGUUUAGGUAGGGUUUUUCAGAGGUUUUAGAGGCUAACGUACCUUCGAGCGAUGAACGAUGGUUGAUGGACCAUGCUCGCGCCAAGCCUGCCUUCUCUCUCAAAAAAUCUCAAAAUAUCAGUUCCGCACGAACCAGUUUUCUUGGGGAAUUGGAAUUUCCCAUGUAAUCUGCAAUUUCCUGGAAGCAUCUAUCCUUCUCCUUCUAAAACUUAUUUAAAAUUCGAAAGAUUCAAUUAUUCUCUUCUCUUCAAUCGACUCUCAGACACCCGUCAACGAGCUUCUAUCGUCGAACAUGGCGGGAACUCCGACGACGAGGAACUGGUUCUCGAGGCACGUGAAGCUGUGGCUGAGGUUCUGCAAGAAGGUGGGGUAUCCAAACAAGAGUCGCUUGACAUCGUGUCAAAUUCACCGAAGUAUGUCAAGAUGCUGAUUGAUGGUGUUCAUGAUUUGGACGAACAUUCACUCUGGAAGUCAUGGAGUGCUGAGGGAGAAGAUGUGGAGAGUCUUUCUCUUAAGAAGAAGGUGUUUUACAUGGCCAAGGAGAAGGGAGAUAACGGUAUGCUUCCGUUCUUGGAGAGCAUUGGACUGAACCCUAUGGUAUCGACGCAUGUCGCACGGUAUCUCUCCUCAGAGAAGCUUCCAAAUCUCAUUAAUAAGGUUAAAUAUAUGAAGGAAAUAUUAUUUUCUAGCAAUGAUGAUGAAGUGGUUGUUGGGAAGAAUGCACGUCGCAUGAUGAUAAACCUAUCAAUUUCCAUUGAUGAGGAUGUUCAGCAAACAUUAUCAUUUUUUGAAAAGAUGGAAGCAAAGCGUGGAGGGCUGAACAUGCUGGAUUCCAAAGAUGUCUCUUUUCAAUACUUUGUUGAAUCAUUUCCUCGUUUUCUUAUGCUACCAGUGGAAUACCAUUUGAAGCUUUUGGUUGAAUUUUUUCAAGAUAUUGGAGUCCCCAAAGAACUCACUAGAGUUGUAAUUUUGUUAUUUCCUCCAAUUAUUUUCUAUGACAUUGAGAAGGACAUUAAACCAAGAAUAAAGGCUUUUGAAAAGGUUAGCAUUGAAGGCAAAGAUAUUGGUAGGAUGCUACUAAAAUACCCAUGGGUUAUUUCAUCAAGCAUUAUAGAAAACUAUGAGGAAGUCCUCACCUUCUUUGAUGCCGAAAAGGUUCCAAGAACAAAUGUCAGUCAUGCAAUCAAAAGUUGGCCUCAUAUAUUGGGAUGUUCAAUUAGCAAGAUAAGAUCAAUGGUUGAACAAUUUGGGGAGAUUGGUGUCAAAAACAAGAGGUUGGGUAAGGUUAUUGCUUCAAGUCCACAACUUCUACUACGGAAGCAUCAUGAAUUUCUCCAGGUGGUUUCAUUUAUGGAGGAGCUAGGUUUUGAUGGUGAAAGCAUAGGGAGAAUACUUAGUCGCUGUCCUGAAAUAUUUGCUGCUAGCGUCGACAAAACUCUCAAGAGGAAGCUCAAAUUUCUUGCUGAUAUUGGUAUCUCCAAGGAUCACCUUACCCGGGUUAUUAGGAAAUAUCCAGAGCUUCUUGUGUCUGAUAUAGAUAAAACAUUACUGCCAAGAAUGAAGUAUUUGAUGAAGACUGGAUUGUCUAAGAGAGAGGUGGCAUCUAUGGUUCGUAGGUUCUCACCUUUACUAGGCUACAGUGUAGAGGAGGUUUUGAGACCAAAGCUUGAAUUCCUUGUCAACACCAUGGAAAAGCCUGUGAAGGAUGUUGUGGAGUAUCCAAGGUACUUCAGCUACUCCUUGGAUAAGAAGAUAAAACCAAGGUUUUGGGUGCUCAAGGGCCGCAAUGUGGAAUGUAGCCUAAAAGAUAUGUUGGGUAAGAAUGAUGAAGAUUUUGCAGCAGACUACAUGGGUAUUGGAAAGAUGCUUGUUCCUCCUCUAUGAUAGUUUGUGAAGAAUAGUUGUGUAGAUUAUAAAUGGAAAUGAAAGCUUCUCGGUAAAUUGGGAUGUAAAUUAUAUUUUUAAAGUUAUUGGAAAAACAAAGCUUUUCAUUUCAUGGUAUAUGCUGUUUCACCGAACUUAUCAAAACCAUAGUAAUACAAUCUAGGCCUGUCAAACUUCCAGAGUAGUGGGAAGGACGGUUUUGUUUGUAAGUUGGAUCUGGAAAAAGCGUACGGUUGUGGAUUAGGAUUUUUCUGAAGGAUGCUAUGGAAAGCUUUGGAUGUAGUAAUAGAUGGUGUAGAUGGAUAUUGGGUUGUAUUAGGACCUGUCAUUUUCAA